AUGUACAAGGCCGUCAUCCUGUCGACGCUGCUGUACGGAGCAGAGACUUCGACAGUAUACACAAAGCAGGCACGUCGACUGAACCACUUUAACCUUAGCUGUCUCUGUCGCAUCCUGAAGCUGAACUGGCAGGAUCAAAUCCCCGACACUGAUGUGCUGAAACGGACGGGAAUCCUCAGCAUCUACACCAUGCUCAGACAAAUGCAGCUGCGUUGGAGCAGCCACCUGGUGCGCAUGGACGACGAGCGACUACCCAAACGACUUUUCUACGGAGACGUCGCCACGGGCUCUCACCGUCAAGGAGGCCAAAUUCGUCGAUACAAGGAUACUCUGACGUCCUCCCUGAAGCAUCUACAAAUUAACCCGACCAACUGGGAAGAGCUCGCCCUCGACCGACCGACCUGGAAUAGGAAAGUGAAGACAGGCGCUGCGAUCUAUGAGGCCAACCGAAUCGCCGCUGUCAAAGUAAAACGCGACGCACGAAAAUCACGGCCACGCCCCGUCCGCAACGCCGACGCACAACCGAUUCCAACGUGUCCUCGGUGUCAACGGACAUUCCGGACACGAAUCGGACUCAUUGGACAUCUUCGGACCAACUGCACCUCCCAUACCGCGCCAACCGCCGUCCCUCCGCCCGCCUCUUCCUCGUCCUCUCCGCCGCCAACUACCUCUGGCAAUUCUUCUGAACCACCACUUCCGUCCUCCCCCUCUUCCUCCUCCUCC